AUUCUUUAACAGGAAGCUGUGGAGAGUCAGCCCAGGCAGGCGAAUCGCUGCUGGCGGUCCCUCCCGGGAUGGCCAGAGCUCCGCCAGGCACAGAGCAGCGCGGAGAUGCCGCUCCCGUCCCUCCGUGCUCUGCUCUGGCUCCUCCUGCUGCUCCCAGGUUCCACAGCUCCCACAAACUCCUCCACCCCUGCUGGAGCAGGCCCAUCCCAAUCAACGGCACCCAGCCCUGAAGCCAAGAACCACAGCUCAGAGCCAUCAGUAAAAUCAACACCACUGACCAACCUGAGCCUCACCUCUGCAGGUCAAACUACUACAGCCACACCCUCCCCCACCACUACAACAACCACUGAGCGAGAUGAUAAGUCCAGUGGAAACAGAAGCACAGCAGCUCCUUCUCCAGCACAUCAAGGUCAGGAUUCCAUGAGGAAUGAGAGCACCACAACAUCAGCGACUCAAGGUGCUUCCUCCACACAGACAGGCACCUCAAAACCCAUCACCCCAGCACCCAACUCCUCCAGCCAAUUGCCUGAGCCCACCCCGACAGACGAGAAAUCACCGCUGACGGUGGCAGCUUUUGGUGUCAUCAGCUUUGUCGUUAUCCUGAUCGUGGUGGUCAUCAUCCUGGUCAGUGUGGUCAGCCUCAGGUUCAAGUGCAACCACUCCAAGGACUCGGAAGACAAACAGAAACCAGGAACCUCCAUGGUAUCAGAGAGCUGCUCAGCAGACACGAGCCAUAAGGGGAACAGCAUCACUCUGAUCUCCAUGAAGAACAUCAACACCAACAACAGCAUGAGCUACCCCCCGUCAGAAAAGGUGCUAUGAAGCCAAGAGCCCAGAGCUUGAAGCUGACACGUGACAACCAGCAGUGGCUUUCUAGGUUCUUUUUAUUUUUCCUUCGGGGAAAGAGCAAGGGUGGACUUUAUGUAUAAAUUAUUAUGUCCUUUCUGAUCAGUACAUUUACAGUAGUGUCCUACAUAGCUUCCCCACCUGGGGCCUAAGGGCUUUCUCCAGUUACAGCCUGCCACACUCAGUGGUUGAUAUGUAACUCUAUUUUUGAUAUGCCUUCAAACACUCAGAUAAUUCCAGCAGCAAGAAGCACCAAGGCACCAUCCACUCCACUAAUAAACCUCUGCCUUAGAUGAAUGGCCUUUAUAGUCUGUGCCAGGCAGUCAUGGGCUCGUUAAUCAGCAUAGCCCCACGUGGAGCCAGACCCGUGCUUGGGAAAGCUGAUCCGAAGCUGAAGGCCUGAUGGGACUGAAAUGCCCAAGUUCUGGGUCAAAUCCCAGCAUGACUGCUCCAAGCCCCUUAUCCCUGGUGCCCUCAUUGUCCCCACAGCAGUGGGAUGGUCACAUCACAUCCCCCUACCUCACAGGGUUGUUGUGAGGCCUCGUUAAUCCCUGUCUGUAAAGCGUUUGGAGAGCUGUGAAUUAAAGGUGCUGCUGAAAUGCAAA